AUGGCCAUUAUUCGCAAAGCGAGCGAAUUGACGUACUAUGUUGAUUUGAGGGACCAUACCCUGGACAGUAUUGAAAGCCUCUGUCCGCUCGACAAUGGACAGCGACAUGAUGCCCCGAGGAGUACAUUGGGAGCUUUGGACAAACUCCCUUUGGAACUUGUUAACAUAGUGCUCAUACAACUUGGAAUCCGGUCACUUACCGACUUUCGACGCGUCAAUCGCCAAGCCAGAGGGGUCGUAGAUUCGAUUCCACAAUACCGAAGGAUUAUCCAGCACGCACCUGCCACCAUCCGAGGAAUCCUGAGCAUCGAAACAGGAGAUUGGAUCUCAUGUCAAAAUCUCUACGCAAGGCUAUGUACGGCUGAGUGCGACGGUUGCGGUGAUUUUGGCGGCUAUUUAUACCUGAUCACAUGUCGCCGUGUUUGUUAUCUCUGCUUCUCGCAGAAGACUGCUUAUCUGCCACUGCUCCGAACGGAUGCCAUGCGGGAAUUUGGACUCCGUCGGGAGCACCUAGCGAAUUUGCCUCGAAUGAGAAGUAUUCCAGGCCGCUACUCACCACGGGGGAUCAAAUGCAAUACGCGACUUACACUCAUUGAU